GUGACAUUGCCUUCUAAAUUGACUGUAUAUUUUUCACAUUGAAAGAGUAUACAUGCCAUUUUUAAACAGAUUUCACCAAAAAUAAUUAUAUUUGUGUACGUGAAUUUGAUUAAUUUGCAGUUCAACCUGGUUAGUGUCUUCCUUGCCUCAAGGUUGGCAUGGCAUACCUGUACCAACCCGAAAUGGUAUUUCCUCCAUGGUUGCUUCUGCAGCUGCUACAGUGCCAACUACAAUAAGAAAAAAGUGGAAUUCACCAAUGUCUAAUGAAGUGCCUCGCAGUAAACUUCCUGCUUACAGACCUUCAACUGUUAGAUUGCAUAAAAGUCCAGUGAAUGGAAUGCUGCCUACAAGAAAUAUCUCCAAAACAUCAUGUCCUGUUCCUAAAAAUGAUGCUACAACUGGCCCACCAAAACCUUCACCAACGAAACAAUAUCAAAAUGAAAUAGCCAAAUUAAAAAAAGAAUUAACCACCUUAAAAACUGAAAAUUCGAUUUUAAAAGUCAAAGUUAGAAGAGUAGAUGAUGAAAACGUACAAAAAUCAAGACAGAUUGAGAAAUUAAAGGUAGAACUAAAAGCUGCACAAAAGGUUGAGUCUUCUAACAGCAAAAAAAGCAAAGAUUCUGAAUUGCUUGUGCUUCGACAAAAAUGUCUUCGUUUAGAAGGUGCUUUAAAAGAAAAGGACCUAGCUCUUAACACUUUCAGAAGACUCAACAAUGAAGCUUCUCUGAAACUUGAAGGAACAGCCAGUAGGAACAGCAUAACUAACCUUGCAGUAGGAGAUGGUGAUGAUACAAAAUCGAACAAACUGAAUGAAAUUUGUAGAAAUUCAGUCAAGCCUGGAACAGCUCAAACUAGUUUGUCAAGAUCUAGUCAUUCAACAAAAACUGAAGUUGCCAAAUUGAGAGAAAUGAUACACAAAUUGGAAAAAGAAAAUCAGGAACUGCAACAACAAGUGAAAGAUAAAGGGGAAGAAAUUCGUCGCUUAAAAAUGCAUUUAAGAAGUCGAACUUACAUUAAGUCUCCUCAAACUUCUGAUUCAAAAAAUGUCUUCAAAGUGAACCCAACUUCCAAAUUAGACUCGGUGCCAAAUAUAUCAAAACCAAGUAAGCCAGUGCCUGGGACAUUGAAAGCGAAUAAGCCUGUAUCUACACCACCAACCAAGCGUCCAAGUAUAACUACAAAGGCACCUAAAAUUGCUGUCAAUCAAGCUAAAAAACCGGAUAUACAGAGUACUCCAAAACCAAUUUCACGAACAAAUAAUUUAGCUCAAAGAAACAGCAUUGCUGUCAAGAAACAGAAAACUGAUGGUAAAUGCAAUGGAGAUUUGAAAUCUCAUCCAGUAAAAAAGCAGGCAAAUGAGACCCACCCUAAGUUACCUGUAACAAGGCCCAGAAAAGUAACUGCUCCAUCAAAAAUGAUACCAAAUUCUGAAAGGAAAAAUAGUUCAGAAAAUAAAAUUGAUAGUGCUUUGGAAAAUAAAAUGGUUGACUCUUUGGAAAGUAGACAGGAUGAAUCAUCUGAAAAUAGAAAAGAUGAUACUUUGGAAAAUGAAUUCUUUAACAUAGAUGAUAAAGUGAAAGAAAUGAGAGAAAACAUUGCUGCAAAGAAAAUACAGCGAAGUUGGCGUGAUCACCAGAAAAGACACUCUGGCAAACAUGAUCAACAAAGUAUACAAAAGGCAUUAACAUUUAUUGUGACUUCUCUCAAACAUCACAAGUUGCGGAAAGAGAAAAUCGGCAUGCUGAGAAGGCGCAAAAACCUUUCACCAAGAAUAAAAGCAGAAGAUGAUAGUGCCAUAGUUGCAGCAGUGCAGGCAGCAGUUAAAAGCAUUUGGGAGAAAGAAAUGAGUAUAACACCUGUGAAUUAAUACUCUUUUAAUGUUUUAAAUUAAUAUAAUAAUAUUUGUUUUUAAAAAGAUAAUCCACAAAUAUCUGUGGAAAUGUGAUGCUUCCUGUUUAAAACAUUUAAGUGUCUGUUUAUUUUAAUUUAAUUGGAAUUAUUUUUAUGUAAUUAUUUGACGAAGGUGUGAAUAUUCCAGAAACUUUAAAUCUUUUGAUAUUAAUUUAUUAAGUCAUUUCAUUAUUCAUACUUAAUCAUAUUAAUCACAAACUUGCAUGUUAUAUGUAAUGAAAAACAAACUAUUCAAAUCAUUUACUCAGUC